AUGGCACCGCAGCCCACGACCAAGACAGAGGAUGAUGUCGCUGGAUCCGAACGAUCCCAUCCUCUUCUGACACGACCUCUGCUACACAUCAGCGGCGUCGAUGCCGCCAUGACCGACAAGGAGCUCGCAGGUCUCGUCUUUGACCAGGUACUCCCGGUUCGCCUCAAGAUCGAUCGCAACGUAGGCGAGGGCCAGACAGCCAGCGGCACCGUCGAGUUCCAGACGCUCGAAAAGGCCGAGAAGGCCUACGCUACCGUCCGUCCACACAUCCUGCUUCGCAUCAAUUCAGACAGCUCCGCAAAGGAGCCCCGCACAUCGGCGAAACCACGCCUCGUCAAGCAGCUUCCUUCGAGCACCGACGACGCCUCCGUCUACGAUCUCUUCCGACCCUUCGGUCCGAUACGACGCGCACAGUGUCUGCUCACCAAUCCAGCUGGUAUCCACACCGGCUUCAAGGGAAUGGCCGUCGUCGAGUUCUACCGUGAGGAGGACGCCCAGCGCGCCGAAUUCGAGAUGCACUGCAGGGAGAUCGACGGCAAGUCCAUUUCUGUUGCCGUCGAUACCGCUGCUCGCAAGGUGAGCGCAGGGACAGCCGAGUUCCGUCCUUCAGCUGCUGCCUUCGUGCCCGCAAGCAGUAUGAGCCCAUCGGCUCCUUCCUUCGACCCAACGCCUGCCGGCCAUCGCUCCGUCUCGGCGGGUUCAUCUGCUUCCAUCUAUGCCAGUAACACUGCUGCUCCUGCAUCUGGCACCAGCGCCGCUCCAAAGGCAUCCCGUGCUCCACUGCAAUACUCUAGCCAAGCUGCAACCUAUGUCGAUCCUUGCAACCUCUUCAUCAAGAACCUCGACGCAGAACUUGAAUCCAGCGAUCUUUUCGACAGCUUCAAGAAGUUCGGCCACAUCGUAUCGGCACGCGUCAUGCGAGACCACGACGGCAAAAGCCGAGAGUUCGGAUUCGUCAGCUUCACCACUCCCGACGAGGCGCGACAGGCUCUCAAAGCCAUGGACAACGUCAAGAUCCGCAGCAAGAAGAUCACGGUGCGUCUACAUGAGCCCAAGACCAUGCGACAGGAGAAGCUGAAUGCGCGAUUCAACGCAGCCAAUGCCGAGGGUACGGAGACAGGCACCAUUGCACCUUCUGCAGAUGCUCAAAACGCGGGCGAAACGCAAGCUCAGACCGACAACGAACAGGCUCCUACGAGCAAAAGUGCAGAGGCGCCGCCUUUUGAAAAGCCUGCCAUGCUCGGUGUCCAGACGCAGCGCAGCGUGUCGAGCACGUCGUCGAUCAGUGAAGGAGGUGCACCGGCGAAGGAGAGGGAGAGGCUGCUCAAGGCCGUCGUGUCUGUCACCGAAGCUGGCGCUCCAGUAGAGGACAUCACCGACAUGAUCGCAAGUCUUCCGAAGAAGGAUCGCGCCAUGGCGCUCUUCAACCCGGAUUACCUCAAGCAGAAGGUGGACGAAGCCAAGGACAUUCUCGACAUUACCGACGACAGCGGUGAAGAUCUCGCAGCUGCACCAGCGCCUCCUGUCCUUCAAGACGCCGGCAAUGGAAAGACGUCAACAUCAUCCGCAUCAUCUCCUUCUACCGCCGAGACUGCCCCAACCCAGGUCCACACAUUGUCCACCCUCGCCGCACUUCCCGCAGUCGAGAUCAUCCGUCUUGCCCACUCCUCCUCCAGCUCCGGUCUUCCCCUUCCCAAAGCAGAUGCCGAGACGAUCAAAUCGACCGAUGCGUUCAUCAAUUCGCUUCAAGGCAAAGCAGCCCACGAUCAAAAGCAGAAGCUCGGCGAUCAGCUCUUCAAAAAGAUCCGCACCUUCGGCGUCAAAGGAGCACCAAAGCUGACCAUCCAUCUGUUGGAUACUGAGGAUCUUCGGGCACUGGCGCAUCUCAUGAACUCGUAUGAGGGGGUGUUGAAGGAGAAAGUUCUGCAGAAGGUGGCGGCCGGACUGAACAAGUGA